UAGAGAUCACCGCGAACCAGACUUUCGUUCCUGAAGGGUAGAGGUCGCACCAAACUCUGGAGCUUGAGUCCUUCGAUUCUGCACCAAACAAACAAACAAACAAACAAACAAACAACAGCCGUCUCCUCGACACUCGUUCAUAGGUGACCUCGGUCACUCCUUUCCAACCAGAGAGGACUGAUCUCAGCACGGUGGUGGCAUCUGGCCGAUUCCCUACAGGACGAAGACUCCAGUUUCCCUCCAAACAACGACAGUCUCUAUUUCCAAUGCUCGUUACCAGGCAAUGUGAAACGGAGCAGAAUCAUUGGUCUGUCAGCAAGCUCGAGACCAUCUUCCACAAGCCCUCCAACAGCCCACGCAUGUCGAACAACUUCGAGACUCCGUUGUCGACACAGUCAGACUGGCAGGGGCAGUACUCGUUCCUCCCGCCAGGAGACGGCAGCAUCUUCUCGCAGUCCUACGACCAUGUGACGAGCUCGGCAGAUAAUACAGACUCGCAGGCGCAGCCGAGGUCGGCACCUGCGCCCGGCAACCCACUUGAGAUUGACGGGUCCAAGUCCGAGGGGAGCUCUCUGAGCUCGCCGCUGGGCCAUCGCCGCAGCCUUGACCCGCUCGGCUUGCGACAGCCCAAGCCGCCUACCCCUAUCCAAGAGCAAGCGGAGACGCAUGGCGACCAAUAUACUCAGAAGGCAGCAGAGUCGGUGCGCGAGGAAUCCUUGGUCUCUACCGAGACCCAGGGCUUGUCAAUGGGCUCCAAUCCCCUGAGUUCCGUGUCGUCUGCUGGACAGGGCUCCGAAAUCCCCUCCGGCCAGCCGGGCAACGAGGCACAGGGCGGCGUCAAGGAUGAAGAGGAAAUCCUGGACGACGAAGAGAUGAUCGAGGGAGACGGAGAUGGAGAGACGCCAACUCAGCCCCAGACGGCGGCAGAGCGUACCGCUCAGCGGCGGAAGAUGAAGCGCUUCAGACUAACCCAUCAACAAACCCGGUUCCUCAUGAGCGAGUUUGCAAAACAACCACAUCCAGAUGCGGCACACAGAGAGCGGCUUUCAAGGGAGAUUCCUGGACUGAGCCCCCGGCAAGUUCAGGUUUGGUUCCAGAAUCGCCGUGCCAAAAUCAAGCGCCUCACAGCGGACGACCGGGACAGGAUGAUCAAGAUGAGGGCCGUCCCGGACGACUUUGACAACGUCCAGGCGCUCCACUCCCCCUACGGAGCAGUCCAAGGACUGGGAACACCGAUCUCGUCGCCUGUUGACUUCGGCGGCUCAUCCUACGCGGACCACAUGAUGCGGCCCCUAAUGGUCGAUGUUCGGCGUGCUGAAGGCGACGACCAUCUUUCCCCAACCGGUCUCAGUCCGGCAUUUGGAAGCAUCGGCUUCAAUCCGUCAGCCACCCUCAGCAAUCCCGACAUCCUCUCCCCAAUGUCGCCGACCUCGAGCGACCGCUACGCAUACUCCAGCCACAUGUCUACGCCCCUGAGCGCUGGACCUCGCACGUCGAACCCCUUUGGAAGCCGGCAAGGCAGCCUGGAUUCGGGCAUGCAAAUGCAUGGCCAUCACUCAAGGCAGCAGCAGAUCCGUCCUCUUCAACCUCUCCAACUGCGCGAAACCAUGUCCAGGUCGCGAUCGGACAAUCUCCAGUCGCCACUGAGAUCAAGCAUGUCCUGGAAAGGAGAUGCGAUCGAUUACACCACGUACCAUGGGGGAGCUGGCUCGCCUCAAUUGGGCGGACGGCCACCCCUGUACCAGCAAGACCAGAUGAGUGGCGCGUCUCCUGGUGGGCUGGGGGCGUACGACUCCAGCAACUACUCGGGCUCUACGGUUCAGUCACCGACGCACAUGAACUAUCCCAACUUCCAGUCUUCUAGCAUGCAGCAGAACCCUCAGGGCCGCUCGCGACUAAGGGCCGCAUCGGCAUCGCUGCCGCUGGGCCUAGACCUCCGCAACCAGAUGCGUUCCGUAGGAUCAGGACACAACAUGCAGCCGAGCGCUCACUCUCCCGGUGCGCGGACCUCUUCCACUCCUCAGCUAGGAGGAGUCUCCCAAAGCUAUACUGCGAGCUUCCCAUCCGCGCCGCUCACGGCACCGAUGGACUUCCACCUGCCCAGGACACCCGGCUUCCGGACCUCGGGAGCCGACUACUCGAUGCCCCAGAUGAGCGCCCCAAUAGCCCCACCGAACGACUUCUCUCAGGCAUUCCAGGCCAGCAUGUCUACCUCAAAUUCCAGGACCCCUAUGAGGGAGUCGUUUGGCGGCGGACCUCUGUCAAUGGGUCACGGCCAGAACUCGGGCGAGCGAAGCGAUGACUACUCAGGGGAACACAUGGGCAUGAAGCGCAAGCGUAGCUUCACCACGCCGUCUUCAGCAGCUGCGACGGGCCAGGGCACAUAUGGCAACACGACAUAAUGAGAAGACGAGAAACAGAACAAUUUGAUGAGCGCUGGGAAUAUAUAUCAUUUAACUGGGUGGAAUGGCUCUUACUGGUUUGGGGUUUUGGGCGUCAACACGACGAUGACGAUGACUGGGAAUAACUUGUGUUUGCUACAAAGUGCUCUGCUCCUUUUCUCUCGCAACUGAUUAUUUUUUUUUAUUUUUUUUGUGACGCAAGAUAAUACCCCAGUUCCUUUGUUUAUACCAGUGUGUGUUAGGGUA